AGCUACAGUUGAACAGAGGGCCCAAGGUUUCGUUGCUUCGUCUUCAACAUCAACUUCAGCGCCCUUCGUCUUGAACUUCAGCGCGAGAGAAGAAAGACCAGCGACAAAGACGAGUGACCACCUGCGAAUAGCUUUCGGACAGGCGGCGAUGGUGGAUUCCGGCUUCCGGCUUCCGGCGAGCGCGAUUUUAGCACCAAUCCACAGCGCAAUCCACAGCGGACGAACAGUGAACUCAAUGGAGAGGACGAGUCGCGAGAGGACCUUCACUGUCUUCAAUCAACUACCAGUAGCCUCGAACGACUGAAGACGGCGGAAUGCAGCGGGUGGUGGCGGCGGAGGGCGGCGGCAGACGGCGGAACCCGCUCUGAUAACACUUUAAGGAUUAAAUCCGUCUUCAGGCUCAGUCUUUCUACACAAAGACUCACAAGGAUUACCUCCGACCUUCUUCUCUACCCCUAAGUAGCCUUUUUUUACGCUCUUUUUACACAAAGGAAAGGAAGAAGAAGUAGAGCACAACUCUCUAUGGAUAUCUCGCUAAUUUCAAACAGGGAAGGGGACUACUAAUAGGCCAUCUAGCAAGCUGUUUGCUUCCACUAAGCUAUAUCUCGUUUUACCUCUCUUAUUGGCUGUUUGACUUGUCUAUUGGCUGCCCCCCCUUUUUUGUCUCACCCUUUGUUUGAGUAGUCCGCGAGUGUCUUUUGUUUGCCUCACCCGUGACUUACAGCUUGCUAGGCAGCCUAUUAGUAGUGCUCUACUUCUUCUUCCUUUCCUUUGUGUGAGAGUGUAAGAGAGGCUACUUAGUGGUAGAGAAGAAGCUUGGAGGUGAAGUGGUUAUCCCUAGUGUGGUGUUUGUGAGUCUUUAUAUUAAAUUGUAUAAUAAGUGUAUAUAAACAAAGAAAACGGAAUAAGCACCAAAAUACAGUAUCAGGGGAAUGGGGAACACGCGGAAUCAGGCUUUCCUAACUUUUUGAGUUUUUAGGCGCAUAAGGAGCGGCAGAUAUGAUGCUUAGUUAGUUAUGGGACAGGAGUCUUCGGAAUAUCACUGCGAGGAUGAAAGGGAGACAAAACGCAUAUAUGAUAGUGAAGAGGAUGAUGCCACAAGAACCUAUGAUCUUUCUGCUCUUAAAUACUGCGGCACAGGGCCAGGCACUACUUUUAAUUUUCUGAUUGAGUGCUACACUAAAAAGCUUGAGGAAAUGAGGAGUCUGUCCAAGGAGGAGUUUUUAGCCUCACUUAGGCCCCAGAGUAUAGGGUUUUCUAGAGGUGCUUCGAAGUACCGUGGUCCGUGGGGUUGCAAGGCACCACCACAGUCGCUGGGAGGCUCGAAUUAGAUCAGCCCCGGGGAGCAAAUAUCUUUUCUUGGAGAAUCAAAUAACCAGUUUCUGAAUGUCUUCAAAUUAGUUCACAUGCAUCUUCAAAUUUUCUUCACGUUUUAUAAUUGGGAAUGAGGGAGCCCACUAUUUGGCUUCAUUUGGUUUAUCUGUUAAUUGUUCUAUUCAAUUGUGUUCUUUCAACUCUUUUGCUUGUAAUGUGAUGAAAACGAGUAAUACUCUUUAUUUCUUUCUUUUUAGCUUUCUGUGUCUCUUUCUUUCUGUGUGUAUUUCUUUCAUUCUCUC